CUUACAUGUGACUCAGACUGCUACUAAUUCAAUUAUGAUUAUUGAAUUUGGAGUUUAUACGGUUUCCUCAGUAGUUGACCGACUGGAGUGAAGAGAGAAACAUUCACAUUAAACGUUCGUGAGUUUGCGUAGACUGCCCAAUGGAUCCCAGUGUACUCUCAGCCAUGGACAAAGACGCAUUGAAGAAACAAAUCGAGAACAUGAAAUACCAAGCAACCAUGGAACGCUGGCCCUUAUCGAAAAGUAUCGCAGCGAUGCGAGAAUAUGUAGAAGAGAAUGAGAAGAACGACCCGUUAAUUCACGCGCCAGAUAAGAAGAACAAUCCUUGGGCAGAGAAGGGGAAGUGUGUGAUCAUGUAGAGUCUCGGAGAGGCUUAGACACCCGUGGGUGACCAAGAUCACUAGACACCCGUGGGUGACUGGCUACUAGUCACCCAUGGGUGUUGGACUUCCUCAGUUUGUUCCAGACUGGAUUUUUACCACUUUGUUCUUCAUGUGUUUUACUCCACGCUUGUGCGCCCAGUUUCGGGCAAGUUCGCCAUUUGCGUCUCAGGAUGCCAGCUCAUUAUCGGGAAGAGAAUUGUUAUUGCGAAUAGUUACUUAAAUUAUUAAAAUACCAAAAACGUUAGUGUAGUCCUACUUUUUAAAUUCAAGACGGUAAACUAAUCCUAGAAUAAAACAUAACCAAUUUUAAGGUAAAAAUAUUGUUAAUUAAAAAAAUUAAAGUUCCGUCAUAUUUUCAAGAUACUUUUCGUUAGAUUUUAGUGUCUUUAAUUUUAGUCCCUAAACCAAACUAGUCGUAGAUUAAGCUAGGGGUAGGAUAAGGUCAAUUUUGUUUUACCAGCCGACCAAGCAAACUCUUUAUUCUAAAACAAUCUGCUUUUGUGACUUUAUCGUCUCUUAUAAAUAGAGAUAUAUUAAGAGUUAACAGUAGGUAUUAAUCGCUGCUCACCUUGAUAAUGCAGUUUCAAAAUAUUCUUUGAACUAGGAAAGUGUUUACAGUACAAAAGUUGUGAGCCUGGUACGUGUAAAACAAAUAAGUUUUUUUUUGUCAAUCUGUUCUUAAUUUAAGUGUGACCCAGAUAUUUGUUCACGUGUUUAAGUGUUUUGUUUUAAACUAACUCGGUGUUUUAAACUUUAACUUUUAUAUUGAUGUCUUAAAUUGUUACUUUUAGUGGGAUUCAUGUGUUUAUCACUGUCAGUUUGUGUUAUAAAAAAUCUAAAUAUGCAGCACUGCCACAUAAAAAGAUUCAAAGGUUGACAGAAAGUAUAUUUAUGGUUCCAACCAAUCUAAUUUACUUGCAAUACAAUUUGGUAUAAUUAUAUAAUUUAAAUAGUGAGUAAUUUUAUAAAAAAAGUAGGAUUUAUAAUAUAUUGUUAAAGUUUAAAUUCUAAAUUCUUAGUACAGGGCAUAAUGCAAGGUAUCCUAUGCUACCUAACUAUAUUUUGUACCGAUUCAUUUGUUCUGUUAGUACUUAAGAUGGUGGUAUUUUGUAGAAUACACAAGUAUGACACAUGUAGAGGAGAAGUAAUAAUUGUCUUAAAAGAAAUUAAAUCAUCAAAUUAAUGAACAAAAAUUACAGAUUGCACAUUUUAUUUUUUAUUAUUUAAAGGCUUUCCACUAUUUUUAAACUAAUUAAUAUAUUUUGUGUGUUUUUGCAUCUGCAUGUGCUUUAAAUAUUUAACCUGUGAAACCUUGAAUUUACCUUAAAUUAUUUUAUUUAUGUCAUAUUGCUUUACGAAACUGCAUAUCAGUGCAAGACUUAAUUUUAUAUUGUAUUUAUUUCAUUGCAUUUUAAUUAUGUUACCUUAUAAAGUUUUUAUAAUAAUUAUUAAAUUACAACUAAA